AUCAAUGUUCGACUAACACCUGGGUUAAUGAAAAUGAUCUUGAAGAGAACUUCUCAUGUCCGCAGCGAGCUGAAGACCAAGAUGCGAUCGCUGACAGGGUCAUUUUUUGGCUUUCGUGCGAAUGACAGUAGGGAAGUGAUUAGGCGCAAUCGUGAUCGUGCAGAAUCUCUCAAGGAGGGUUUGCUGUUUGCUUACAAGGACUGGGAGUCCAAGCAGGGAAUCUACAAGACGGACUUAUUACAAAUGGGUGUCAAUCACAUGUGGUUUGCAAACCGCAAUGAUGAGGGCAUCGUUUACCACCGGUACUUCAACCCUUUGCCUGUCGAAACAAUGGCACUCUUGCUGGCGUCUGUGAGUACUAGGACC